AGACAAAAUGGUUAAAUACGUUUAAGAGGAGAAGGGUGUUCAGUGCUGAAAAUGAAUUUGGAACUGUUGGACCUGUCUAGUUUUGUCCCUGAAGACCCAAUAUUGGAAGAAUUUCUUCAGUUUAUUGAGAACAACAAGAGUUCAGGAGUGGAACCUGUGGAAGAUGUCAACAUUAUGCACCCUGGCACCGCAGGCCAGGCUAAAGAGAUAUUUAUCUAUCUGGUGGAGGGAGUACUGAUGACUGGAAUAGGAGUAUGUGGAAUUAUCCUAAAUGUUCUAUCUGUUUGCUUUUUCAUCCGCCAACGAACCCAGAGACUAUUCCAUAGACUGUUAAUGCAGCUGGCUGUAACUGAUACUUUGUACCUUCUAUUCUCCCUUCUAUCCUUCUCCCUUCCACUGCUAUACACAGAAUUUGCUGAAACCCUGUACAAAUACACCCUUCCUUAUACACUUCCCCUAGCACAGACAACUAUGGUGAUGUCUGUUUAUCUAACUAUCUCUCUAACCUUAGAACGAUAUAUUUCAGUAGUCCAUCCGCUCCUACGACAUAGAACGAAUGGAACCUGGAAAAGUUGUUUUUAUCUCUCUUCUCCGCCUCUCCUCUUCUCUAUACUCUUCACUCUUCCGAACUAUUUUAUCCUGUACACGGAUACAGAAACAGAGGAUCAUCAUCCGCAGUUGAAAUUUGCUAGCUUCAGGUCCAACAAAACAUUUAUUACGGUAUAUAUAUUGUGGAUGCACUUUAUCAUGGUUACCAUCCUACCCUUCAUUGUACUCUUCUCCCUCAACAAGAUUAUUCACAGGAAGCUGUGCGAGGCGUCUAGUUCUGUUAGGAGGACAGGGGAUGCCAAGGUGAGGCAACGAGAACUACGAAUGGCGAGAGUUUCUCUAGGAAAUUAA